AUGGCACGAGAAAACGUGAAGAGGCGGUACACUAGUUUGCCGCGUUUCGAUUCUGUCGCCAGAAUUUCAAGUAUUCCGAUCGUCGAGAACGGUAUACACAUUGCUAGUAAUGUGUACGACAGGAUAAAGCGUUCGAACUCUUUAAUGACUUGGAGUUUGGGUACCGCUGAACAGUCAUUGGCGAUCGCGACAGCGUCCGCGAAACCGGCCAUUUAUGCGUUAAACGGCCCCAUCACGACGAUCGAUCAGCUGCUCUGUAAAGGUAUCGACAUCGUUGAGCAAAGAGUGCCUGCCUUUAAUCUACCUCCUCAUCUUAUGUACUGGAACGCGAAGGAAUACGUGAACAAUAAAAUCGUUAGGCCGGUUCUGAUGCGGGCCGGAAGCGUGAAGCAGAUAGGUAGCCAUGCUGCGAAUGUUGCUGCGGAUAGAUUGGACAAUGCACUGACCGUUGCGGAUAAAUAUGUUGAUCGUUAUUUGCCCGACGAUGACGCCGACAAAGUAGAUGGUAGUGGUAAGUGUUUCGUUCCUAUUAGUAAAACCACACGCACUAUCAAACACGGUGCCAGAUUAUCGAGAAAGCUACAAAAGAGAUUAACACGCCGCACAUUAGCAGAGGCUCGUGCUCUUAAAGAGCAAGGAACAGAAUGCAUUCAUGUACUUUUAUACGUUGCAGAAUUGCUGGCAACAGACCCAAAAUUAGCAUAUCAGAAGGCAAAGGAGUUAUGGGCGACGUUGAGUUUACCGGAACCGGAAAACCAAGCUCGACCAGCCACUCUGGAACAGUUGUUGGUUUUAUUGACGCGUGAAUCCGCGCGUCGUAUCGUCCAUCUUGUGAACGGCACAGCGACAUUAGCAAGAAGAACGCCGCGCGAUCUUGGCCGGAUUCUCGUUCGAGUGUCGCACCAAUUGCUCGAAGUUGCAGACGCCACAUUAAAGAUGGUGCCGGUCAUUGGUAAGAAGAACGCAGCGAAAAGAAGAAUGUCUGUGAUACGCUCGGCUGUACGGAGGCUCAAUUCAACUACGAAUCAUUUAUUGGGGCAGUUAGCAGCUUUCCUAGCCGGUCGACCAAAUGCGUGUAAAGUAACACACGUUCAGAGUCAUCAGCAGAACCAUAAUAACCACAUGUCGGUGUCUUCCAAUCCGCCCGUGAAUGGUAUCGAGUAACGAAGCAGCACUUA